AUGGAGCUCGGCAGAGCAGGAGGCAGAGGUGGAGGCGGUGGAGGCGGACGGUUCGACCUGGCAGCAGCCAAGGAGACGGCGCGGCAGCACUUGGACGCGUUCAUCGGGCCGACCUUCCUCGCCCUCUUCCACACAUCGGCUCUGGACAAGUUCCUUAUGCUCAUCCUGAGAUACUCGGUCGCCGUGGUGCAGGCUCCGCCCAUGCCUGCCAAGGUCAUGUCAGAGCUGCUUCGCAUCGUCGGCAUGCACUACGCAGAGCUGCUGCGCAUGCCCAGAUCGGCUCUGGAGGACCAACGCCGGGCUGCUGCCCAUGCUCAUCAUCGCCGCUCGGCUAUGUCCAGUCGCCUUCUCUCAUCUCGCCCAGAAAGCGGUCGGAGAGGCCGGAGACCGGACCGUGGUGCGGCGUCGGGCUCGGCGCUGUCGUCGACGCGACGGACGACGUCGCCGUUGCCGCUGCUGCUGCGAUCGAACAUCACCCACAAGGCGCUGAUGACACACGGCGGGGGCCGUAGCGGUGGCGCCGGUGGCAGCAGUGCUCGCCACUUCUCGUCCGCCCGGGCUGAUGGUGGACAUGUUCGUGGCAAGGUUGUGUAUGAUGUCUACCGGUCGCCCAUGCUCCCGCCGUUCUUCCAGAAGGCCGAGCAGGAGCGGGUCUUCUACGAGACACUGUACAACUUUGUGGUUCGGCUGGUGGUCUUUGUCUUCAAUCCGGCGUACACGGCCUCGCUGGCGACCGAGCUCAACCGGCUAUUCCGGACCUCGAUGUUCAACGCGCGCCAGCCAGCGCUUCCGCCGCCGGACGCCGACGAUCCUGUGGCGACGGCGAAGCGGCUGCACUCGUGGCGCCAAGGCCGCGAGGCGCCGUUCCAGACUUUGUUGGAGAAGUUUGAGAGCACGGUAGUCAAGGGCUCGGGCGGGAUGCCCUCGCUGGUGGCACCGUCGUCGCGCUUCCUCGACGCCGUUCCUGUCCGCAAGGUUAUCCACAUGCGGUCUCCACUGGUGGCGGCCUUCCUCCCCACCCGCGCUGAGCGCAUCAAGGCCGCUGAGGCCGAGACGCGCGAGAUCACCCGCCGCGAGGCCCGCGAGGCCCGCAAGCGCCGCCGCAUUGCCCACGAUCGCCGCCGCCGUCGCAAAAGGACAGCCCGCCUCGAGGCUGCCGCCCGCAAGGCCGCAGCCGUCAAAGCCCGCAAGGCCGCCGCCAUCUCGGCGCUCACCGGCGGCGCCUCGGCCCGUGCGCCCGAUGCACACGACGCCGCCGACGGCGACGACCAGUACUCGUUCGACUCGCAGGUCAACGACUCGUCACUCUCCGGCUCGUCGUCGACCUCGUCGGCCUCGUCGUCGUCAUGGUCCUCCUCCGAGUCGAGCCUCGCCUCGGCGGUCUGGGCCAAGGUUCCGUUCCGUGACGAGCUUGGCGACGCCUGGUACGAUGGCCUGUACUCGACCGACGAGCUCAGCGUCCGCAUCAACUACGUCAACUCGCGCGCCAUAGACGUUCUCCUCGCUAGCCAGAAAGGCAAGCCCAAGUCUGGCGGGGCGAGCCUGACCUCUUCAAGCGCUGCCGCCGGAGCCGCUGCCACCGGAGCCGCUGCCUCGGCCAAAGACAGCUCGAGCGGCCGGCAGAGCUCUCUGCCGCGGCUUACCGAGGUACGGACGGCCUCACUCCGUGGCUCGCGGUCGCGCCCGCUCCACAAGCGAUCACUUGUCCGCGGACCGGCCGCGCGCAAGGUCUCCGGCUCUGGUCUGAUCUCGGACGCGUCAAUCGCCUCGCUCUCCCAGUCGCACGCCUCGCACGAGGAGCGCAAGCGCCGGACGUCAUCAGCCGCCGCCGGCUCCAUCGAGGUCGACCUCCUCGCCGCCCUCAAAAAGGCCAAGCUCAGGCGCGAGGAGACGCUUCCGAGCUCGGGUGACGGCUCUACCGCUCCAAGGAGCUCGCCAUGUGUGCGGUUCCCGUCGCGGGACGGCGUGCCGCUCUCGCCGGACCAGUGGCGGGCGGAGCUGGCGAGCGCGGCUGAGGCGGCGCUUGCGGCGGCGGCCGGGAGUGGGUAUAUGUUUGAGACCGACGGCGGCAAGAGUGCACAUGCAGUACACGUGCCAUGCAUCGACGGAUCGAGCAUUCCGACCGGUCUGGACGCACUUGACGUCGGCCGAUCGCUCGGCUUCCCCAUCAAGUUCACCUCGCUUCCGGUGGGCGCGCUCACGCCCGAGGCCAUGGCGCCCGAUGGCGGGUUUCCGGUUGCGGUCGGUGUGUACGAGGUGAACGAAGGCCAGAGCAUCAAGUACUACUUCCCGGACGCGCCGCUGGCUAGUGAAGGGCUGGUCGAUGGUGACACUGCGGCGCGGGCGGGUUUUAUGACCGCGCGCAACGUGAGCAAGCGCGAUGUGGCUCGCCGCGCGUUUUUCCAUCCGCCCGAGCUGGAGCGAGCGCGGUAUCUCGCAGUCCAUCCGCGCGCGCUGGCGCUGGUGGGAGACGAGAUGCCAGCGCUGGACGUGCUGGCGCCGGGCGAGAGUCGGGCGCGUGCGUUGCAGCAGGCAACGGUGUGGAUGGGUUCUGCAGGCGUGGUGGCGCACAGCCACUACGACCUCGGCCACAACAUGUACGCACAGCUGUAUGGAUCCAAGACGUUUCAUCUUGCGCCGCACAGCGCGGUGGAUGCACUGGGCGGCGCGUACGCGGCACUGCAUCCGGGCAAGCGCAUCGCCCGCGGGCAGCCUGUUCUGGGGCAGUUCCCGCUCGUCGCCGCGCUCGCUGCCGCCGAUGUGCUCUACAUGCCGCCGAUGUGGUGGCACUCUGUCCGUGCCGAGACCCCGUCGAUCUCGGUCAACGUGUGGCAUGCUGAUGCGGGCGUGGGCGGGGCGCGCGUGGCGAGCGGGCCGCGCGGGCGGGCUGCGCUGCGCCAGUGGGUGCUCGAAGUUCUGGCCGGCGUCGGCGCGUCGCCUGCUCUCCUUCGAGCGCGGUACACCGAGCCGAGCGUGGGCGGCAGCGCGUGGCGGGAGAUCGCGUGUCCGGAGACGCGUGCCUCUAUCGUGGCGACAACAAUGGCUGCGCAAACGGUCGCCGACUGCAAGGCUGUGGGCGGCGCCGCGGCUGCCGGCUCGCUCGUGAGCUCCGAGGCGAUCCGAGCCGACAUUGCGGCAGCGGCAGCGCGGACAACCGCGCUAGACGUCAUCGAGCGCAGCAUCUACGCUGUGAUGGGUGACGCAGCUGCCGUCGGACCGUUUAUCGCCUGCUUGGAGGCAGGUCAUGACGAGUUGUAG